AUGUUUGGAUUCGCCAAAAAAAUAGUGUCGACUCUGGAAACCCAGGCAACCAGUUAUCUCAGUGUCGGAUCAGACGCCGGCCCCGAGAACUCCAUGGGCCUGCGCGUGCUGGCCGUCGACAAAAACUCGCUGGGUGAAAAGUACGGGUUCGAAAGCUGGUUCGACUUCAUCAUGGCCAUCAAUGGGUACCCGGUGGUGUCGUUUUUGCAAAGCGGUGAGUCGCACGACUCCAAUCCCUACGCGCGCCAGGAACCGACCUCGGACUAUACGCGGCUGCUGGAGUUUUUGGCGUACGAGGUGAACACGAACAAGUCUGAUCUCGUGUUCCGUGUGUGGAGCGCAAAAGGAGCGGUGGAAAGAGACGUCACAAUCCCAAAUAGCGAGUUUACGGCAGACAGCAACGAGCAGCUCGAUGACAUCAGCAUAUCGCCCGCAAAACAGAACAGGAACGUUGUGCAGAACUCGGCAUUCAAGCGGCUCCAGGUGACGUUGCAAUUGACACCCCUGAGCACGGCCGGAUACGUGUGGCACGUGAUGCGCGUGCAUCCGAACUCGCCUGCGUACCACGCGGGAAUCAUGCCGGACGAGUACAUUAUAAACUGCGAGGGCGGACUGCUGGCUACAGGGGGUGAGGAUCUGCUGGGCAGAGUGAUCCAGUCCAUAUACAACAAGUGGCAGCAGAGCGCUACGUCCGGCGCAGCGCCGUGCUCGGUCGUGCUGUACGUUUACAACCACGACUACGACGCCGUGAGGCCCGUGACGGUGUAUCCGAACGAUACGUGGGGCGGUCGUGGGCUUCUGGGAUGCGAUAUUGGAUACGGCUUGCUCCACAAAAUCCCCGAAGUGGUGGGGAAAUACCAGAAGGACGACGACGACUCCGAUGUCGACCUGACUCCCGGGGGCGUGAUGUUCAGUGCACAGCCAGAGGCGCCCGAUGUGCCUGCGCAAUCAGAAAACGUGUUGCAGCCGGCCGUUCGUGCUCCGUCGUUUGCAGACACGCCUGCCGAGCCGGCUGCGAGAAGAAAGAAACCGUCCAAGUACGCUGCGCCGAAAAGCGACCUCACGAGCUAUUUCGAGGAGGAGACGGCCAAGUCGAAGCUCAUCGACGGCGAGAGCAAGACCGGCCACGGCGCUGUUCCUGCUCCUCCGAAAAUUACCAAGGAGCAGAGCUAG